CUCAUUUAAAAGAUUCAAGAAAGAACAAAUCGUUCAACGGUCAUUAUGGAGCACGCUACAGCGAUUCUUGCAAGACAAGCAGCAAUCGAUGCUUUGCUACGAUACGUAGACGGUCUCGACCGUGCCGACGAAGCCCAACUCGAAUCUGCCUUUACUGAAGAUGCUACUCUCGACCUCUCUGCUUUGAGCUCGCUGGGAAAGACUUUCGGGGCAAUUCAUGGUCUCGAUAGUAUUUCUGCCGUAUGCAUGGCAGCAGUAGGCAAGGCUCUAGAAACAACACAUUCGUUGACCAACAUUCUGGUCAAGCUAAACGACGAAAACGACAACGCCAUUGUUACCUGUUACUGCGAAGCUCAACAUAUCAAGCAAGGCCAAGCGUUUGCCUCUGAUUCUCAGGAUAACUCACUUCUAGUGAAAAGUCGGUACAGCGCAUCGGUUUCAAAGAAGGGGUCUACGUGGAGAAUUGAACGAUUGGAUAUUGUGCCACUGUGGAGCAAGGGCAACUCGAGUGUGCUGGAGCAAUGAGUGAAGUGAAACUGUUUGUCGCCUGUAUGAAUGACUGACAUGAUGGCGUGAAAUCAAAUACAGCCAGCUUGGCACCUAGACUUGAGGUCUAGCAGACUCAUAGCUUUCGAGAAGCAAGGGCGACAUCCAAAAGUCUGAGCGAAGAAUAUGAAAGCAGCUGCAUUCUCC